AUAGACCUUCCGACGAUGGAGUGAAAGAACAAAAGAAUUAAUUCAGGGGCGCUGGCGCUUUUGUAGAGAAAAAAUAUUUUUUUAAAAAAAGAAGAGGUUUAUUAUUUAAUGAGAAAAAUAUUUAAUGAUAAUCUUGUGCUGUUAGUGUUGUACAAUGCCGAGUAGUACAGUGUUUACAGAGGUGGAGCGGGACGACGGCGACUCCAGGCCGCUCCACAUCGCCAUGGAACAACUCUCCGUGUUCGGUCUCCCAGACUCGCCGCCUCCUUCCGCUCAGCACCGCCGGGGCCCGGACACCGACUCCCCGCCUUCGCCGCCCCCGCCGUCGUCGGCCGGGGCCGGCGGGGUUUCGGUGUCUGGGCCCGGGGUCGGGCCGCUCCUCCCGCCGCAAGGAGCGGCCCCUUGCCCCGGCGGCCUUCCCCUCGUUUCCUCCGUCCUGGCUCUAUUCGACGCCGAGCAGGUCCAGCCGCCGCAACAGCAGCCGCCGCCCAGGAAGAAGAGCGUCAACAUGACCGAGUGUGUGCCCGUGCCCAGCUCCGAGCACGUCGCCGAGAUCGUGGGCAGGCAGGGUUGCAAAAUCAAAGCACUAAGAGCAAAAACCAACACUUACAUCAAAACUCCAGUUCGAGGAGAAGAGCCCAUUUUUGUUGUCACUGGGAGAAAGGAGGAUGUGGCAAUGGCCAAGAGGGAGAUCAUUUCGGCUGCAGAGCACUUCUCAAUGAUACGAGCAUCCCGAAACAAAACUGGGGUUGUACCUGGCGCUCCUUCUGGAAUACCUGGCCUCGCUGUACCUGGCACUCCCAAUCUGCCUGGGCAAACCACCAUUCAGGUACGGGUUCCUUACCGUGUGGUGGGUUUGGUAGUGGGGCCCAAAGGAGCCACGAUUAAACGUAUUCAACAGCAAACCCAUACGUACAUAGUCACUCCCAGUCGGGACAAGGAGCCGGUGUUCGAAGUGACCGGUAUGCCUGAGAAUGUUGACCGAGCUAGGGAAGAAAUAGAAGCACAUAUUGCUGUUCGUACGGGCAACUACAUUGAAGUAAAUGAAGAGAAUGACUUCCACUCAAAUGGCACAGAUGUGAGUUUUGACAGCAGUGGAUUUGAGUCAACGUGGGGGAAGAUGAGCUCUGUUCCCACCACCCGCAACAGACUUCUCUCCAGCUACAGAAACGACAGCUCCAGUUCCCUCGGGAGUGGAUCAACUGAUUCCUACUUUGGAAAUAACCAGGUGGCUGACUUUAGCCCGACAAGCCCAUUCGGUGCAAGUGGUUUCUGGUUCGGCGAGUCUGUUGCAACCAUGAGUUCGGAUGAUUUGGGCUUUGAAUCUUCUGCUUUUGACCCUCUUCCGGCCACACCUCAGUCUGUCAUCUGGUGUCCAUUUGAACAGGGAAAUCCUAUUGGCAUCGCUAAUGAAUCGGCUGCUGGUGCACUAACACACGACAGUCAGCCAACCACCCCCCGCCUAUCACCAACCUUUAUGGAAAACAUAGAGAUCCACCUUGCCAGGAGGCCUUGCAGUGAUCCCUUGAACAUGGUCAGUCAAGUUGGGCUUCCAGUAUACAUCUCUGCCUUCUCCAACGGUACAAGUUACUCCUCCAACAGCAGCGCCACGUCCGGCUCGCCCACCGACUCCUCCGGCUCCGGAAUGGCCCGGGGCAAACGCGAUUGUGUGGUCUGCUUUGAAAGCGAAGUGAUUGCAGCCCUGGUGCCUUGCGGGCACAACCAUUUCUGCAUGGAGUGUGCCAACAGAAUCUGCGACAAGGAAGAGCCGGUGUGCCCGGUGUGUAACUCACUCGUUACUCAGGCAAUCCGCAUCUACUCAAUGGACCAAUUGGCAGGGUGAUUAAUGGGCAAGGAAGAGUUUAGAUGUUGGUACUUGUCUGGAAACUUCCUAAUUCUAAACCAUGACUGUUACGUAGUUGGAUUCAUGGGAUUAGACUGUGGGCUUUCUCUAAAUUUAAAUCAGUUGGGUAAUUUUUUGAUGGGUAAACCUGUUUAAUGGAUUAAGAUGCAAGAUGAAUCAGCUUGAGUAUAAACACUUUGGAAAAUAUGCUUCUCAACAAUGUGAAAGUGGUCUUGAGGAGUUAAUAUUUUAAGUUGUACCACUUUUUUCAAGCCUAGUUAAAAUUCUCUGCCAGGGUACCUGAUCUCUAAAACCAUUUCCAUGCUCUGGUUAUUCCUACUGGAAGUGUCUAAAUGAGAAAACAGCUUGUUAUUUUGAAACCCCCUGACAAUUGUCUUUUAAACUUUUCUUUCGUCCCACCAGUUGAUGGUUCAAGCUUGGAUGAGGUAUGAGAGGAUUGCAAGCACCUAUGAAACUCUAGUGCAGUAAGGGAUUUGAGGAAAAGAGUUAAAAGUUGGGGUUAGGAUCAAAAGAUACAGGUGUGACAAAUGUGAAACUGCCAUGAAAUUGGUUGGAUCCAGAGGAAAAUUGAGGACUUGUUAUUCUGUGGAUAUGGAAAAUCGGGCAUUUUGUCAGUUGUUGCAGGUAGAUUCUCUGCCUUCUCAACUCCUAUGAUUUGAUUUAACAUUUUAAAAAUGUUGAGUAUUGUCUGUUAGAAAAAAGUAAGUCAUUAUAUAUCUGCAAACCUUAUUGAGCCAUUAGCGUAUGUGUCCUACACAUACCAAUUGUCUUUAAUCAAAGACAGACCAUUUCUAGUGAUGCACAAAUACAUUUGCUAUCAGUUUGAAUGACAUACUGAAGUAGUUGGUGGGUGGAGAGGGAAAGGCUGUUUUUCUAGUGGGGUAGGAUUCGUGUUUGGCGAUGGUAAGUGAACGACUGCUCUUUUUGAGUUUUGAUCUUCAGCCAUUUGGCAAGUAUUCUGAACCCAGGCUGCUAGGUGGUAGUUUGUUGAUUUUUGAGUGAGACUUGUUCCCUGGGGGAAGAACUUGGCUGAUGAACAGUUGAGUGAUUUUUAAAGAAUUUUUAUUAUACAUAAACGUAGAUGGUUAUGGACUGAGUCUUAAUACUCAAAGAGUUGCAAAUCCCUGCUAUAGAAAAUUUUCAAAUUUUCAGUAAUCUUAGCAGGCCCCAGGCUUGGCCUCCAAUCAUAAGCUUGCAGGUGUUUUCCCUCCAUAAUGCUUGCCCUGAACCUCAUGACUUUUCCCCAUUUCUUUAACUUCGCUAAAUUAACCAAUAUUGUUUCUAGAGUGUGACUUCUGGGGGUCUUUUUAGUGGUUUCCUUGUGGGAGGAACUUGGCUAAUGAACAGCUGAGUGAUUUUUGAUUUUUUAAUAUUCUUCAUGAUGGAUUGUGGACUAAGUCUCAAUGCUCAACAAGCUGCAAAUCCCUGCCAUUUAAAAUUUUUUAAAUAUUCUGUAGGUAUUAGUCCAGGAGUCACCAGCCUUGGCUUCCAAUCAUAAACUAGUAAACUUUUUUUCUGCAUAAUUUCUCUGAACCCUGUGGUUUUUCUCCAUCAUUGUUUCCUUUGUUUUUCUAAACUGGCCAAUAUUGUGCAGUAACUACCUUCCUUCUCUUAGGAACAGUUUAGAAAACUGUUCAGGGUUUCUGUUUACGGCAUAUGGGCAUUAUUAGUGAGGCUCUUAAUCCCUUCAGCAAAUGGAAGUGAGCAUUAACCCUCUUGUAAAGAUAUUCCCAUAAUCCUGUUAGAUUGGAUGUUACCAUAUUUGGAUCCUAUGAAGAAGGAAUGUCUAUACAGUGGAUUCCAGUUAGUAGGGACAUGUGGGGACCUAUUUUGGCAGAAUUAAGCAGCUGCCCCAAUUAGCUGAAAUAGCAUGGAAAUAGUUAAAAAGGUAUAAAAAAGACAAACUACUAUUUAACUGAGUAACGAAUUAUGUGUUUAAAUGAAAUACAGAACAGAUUAGAACACUACCAAAACUACCAAUGUACUACAAACUGUAUUAGUUCCUAGUAGUUAUCAACGGAGGAAUUCAUCCACUGUAUGCUGCUGUGUUCUUUUGACUGUAAAAUCAGCAUAGACACAGUGUAGAUAAUGGUCUGCCUUCAUACAACGCUAUCAACAAUUGCAUUCUUCAAAUCUUAUUUUUCAUUGUUCAAGAUGAUUGUUGAUACCUUCAAAUUCUUUGUAGUUUCAAACUUGUUGAAGUAGUGAAAUCAUUUCAUUUUCACUCCCAGCUGUUUCUGGCGUCUCCAGGCUUGAAUACUUAAAAUGACAGUGAGCAAAGCAGUUCUGAAUUGUCUUACUGUUAAUUUCUCACCAACACAAAAUCACUGCUUUUUAAACAGAAACACAGGCAAAUUACACUAUUUUAAAAACUGUUUGCUCUAAGAACAAUGUAGUGUCUAAUGGUGCUAGUUAGAAACUGUUUGGCAGCAUCCUCCUAUCCCACCUAUUUUCUUAAGUAGAUUUUGUUGGUUUGUCUGAAAUAAGUGGCUGUCCCAAUGGCCCAUUUAACUGGAAUCCACUGUACUUUGGGAUAUGUGAAAUUUUUUAUUUUUGUGUGCAGAGUAUUUUUUCUAAAGUUUCAAUGCAUUUCACCACCGAGAUUCGGCACUGUUACCCAAGAACUUGAUUUAAAGCAUUGAUGAUAACAGAACUGUCCAGUGAUGGGGGGGGGGGGGCGGGGUGUCCUCAGUUUCCUGUGUCUUCAUAUCUCAGAUUGUUUUGAAGGCAGCGAUAAAAGCACUAUCACUACUAGCUGUUCAAAUUUUAAUUAACACAGUAAUUUUUAUUUUGCCAUGGUAUUUGUAGUUUGUUUCCAACUGCCUGUUAUAGCUCUCAACAGGAGGCUAGUUAAUUGGACCAAUUUGUUUAGUUGCAAUUUGGCUGGGCUGUUUUUUUAUAUAUCAUAUCCUGGGUAAAAGGUUCAUUGAUUUUUUUUCGUUCUUUAGAAUGACUUGGGAGUUUUUACAUUUUUAAUGUUAAUGCAUUAAUUACUGAUUCUGCACAUGGAUAACAGUUGAAAUUUUGGUUUGGGUGCACUUGUGAUCACAGAUCGUGGAUGUGAAGUAAGUGAACACCAUUAACAGGACCAAGAUGUGUCAUGAAUUGAGCCACAUCCUCUCUCAUUUUAAUUUUUUUUUGAGCGGGGGAAUUGUAUGAUAUUUUUUAAAUUGCAACCUUUUAUAGAUUGAAAUCUGAAACAGACCAGUGAUUCUCUAUAACAUUUUUGUUUUUCUUUAAAAUGUCAGAUGAUUUGAAAAUUGCACUCCCAUGUCUUUUUGAAAGUGUGACAGUUGAGAGUUCAAUUCUGACAUUAUCUGUAAGGAGUUUAUACAUUCCUCCCUGUGAAUGUGUGGGUUUCCUCCUGCAGUCCAAAAACGUACUGGUUAGGUUAACUGAUCGAUAUAAAUAGUCCUGUGAUUGGGCUGGUGUUAAAUAGGUGGUUGCUGGGCGGCGUGACCCAUUGGGCUGGAAGGACUUGUACUGUAUCUCUAAACAUGCAAAUUAAAUUAAAUGGCCUGAGAGAUCUGCAACAUUGGUUUUCAACCAGCUUGAUAUUUUUCACUUUGAUAUAUUUUUUUAUUAUGGGCACCUGUUGGGAGUCACAGUUUACUGAAAUCUCCCAUUGUAAAUUUCUUGAAAGCAGAUCUUUCAGUAACCGUUUAUUUAGCUUACUUCCAACUGAAAAAUCUUCAAAUUAAGCUUUCCCUCCAUGUACCACCUGUUUAAAAUUACCACUGACUAUAUGCUUGAUUUGUAAAAAUCUAUUACACUGAUAAAUCUUAGACUGAUAUAUUUGUGCAUAUCAAGUGUAAGGUCAGUGCUAACUUAAACAGGUAGUAUGUGGAGAGAUAGUUUAUCCACUUUGUAACUAAUCAAAAUGGGAUGCAUUGUUAUUCUACAUGGAACAGUACAGCACAGGAACAGGCCCUUUGGUGCUGAACCCACUAGGUUAUUAUCAAAUGACUAUCUAAACUGAUCUCUUCUGCUGCACAAUGUCCAUAUCCUUCCAUUUCCCUUGCAUUCAUGUUACUAUCUAAACAACUGUUAAAUGUCUCUAAUGUAUCUGCCUCCACCCCAGGCAGUGCAUUCCAGACACCUACCACUCUCUAUAAAAACUUGCCCCUCACAUCUCCUUUGAAAUUACUUUGUUCACUAUAAAUGCAUGUCCUCUGGUAUUAGACAUUUCAACCCUGGGAAAAAGAUAUUGUCUGUCUAUAUCUAUGCUUCUCAUAAUCGUAUAAACCUCUGUCAGAUCUCCCCUCAGCUUCUGUCGCUCCAGAGAAAACAACCCAAGUUUGUCCAUCCUCUCGUUAUAGCACAUACCCUCUACUCCUGGUGAACUUCUUCACCCUCUGCAAAGUUUCUGAAUCUCUCUGGAAAAAUCUACCUUUUGGUUUUUGUGGUGUUAUUGCUUCAAUAUUUUUAUCAAACUUGACCCUGAGAAGGAUGCAAGGUGUGUAAUGAGAUGGAAAUGAGUUUUAAAGCAGCAUAUCAACCCCAUGGGAGGUCAUCCCAAGAACACAAUUCUCACUGGGCUCUGAUCAGAGCUGCCUGUAGCAGAAAUUCAGCAUUAAUUUUUAAAUAGCAUUCCAGCUUUUUACCUUUUUAUAUAUAAAAAAAAUUACAAAUCUUGUUUUAAGGUUCUGUUAGAUAUAGACUCUCAAAGAUUCUAUAAUCAAUAUGAAAGCUGUUUCCAAUUUCGGAGUGAAAAUUUUUUUAACCACAGUCGUGUAGUGGUUAGUGUGAUGCUAGUACUGCUUGGGGUGUCAGAGUUCAAAGUUCAAUUCCUGCAUUCUCUGAAAGAAAGUUUGUACAUCCUUCCCGUGUGCGAGUGAGUUUCCUCCGGGUGCUCCAGUUUCCUUCCACAGUCUAAAGAUGUACAAAUUAAUAGGGUAAUUGGGCAUUGUGUAAGUUGUCCUGUGAUUAGGCUAGGGCUGUUUCGCGCUAUAUCUAAAAUUUUUAAAAAAUAAAACCAGAUAGUUAUAUAUCUAAAGCAAAUUGCCCGGGUCCUUAUAUAGCCUUAAUGCAAGUGUCUUGCAAAACUUAUUGAAUACUGCCUAUUAAAUACAAUAUGCCAUCGGGUACACAUCUUGGGUAAUAUUCCUCUUUCCUCCCAACAAGCAGUGGAACUUUGAGGCCAGCAAUGAGCCACACUUCUGGCAAUUUUCCUUUGAUUUAGAGAUCUACUCAUUAUUAAUAAUGAGCACUGUUUUGUCUCAUGAGGUAGUUACCAGGAGGCAUCUGUCUAUUUAACCCUGCUCUCCUUCUCUCUUGCACCCCCCCCCAUUUAACUUAGAACUUGUAAUGAUCAUAGGUGUGACUGUAUCUUUAGCCAACAAACUUCUAAGUUUUUAAAGUUUUUUUUAAAUUAUUUAGCAAUACAGAGUGAAGUAGGCUCUUCCAGCCCUUCAAGUAGCACUGCCCCAACAAUGCCGAUUUAAUGCUAACUUGAUCAGUUUACAAUGACCAGUUCACCUACUCCUUAUGUCUUUGGACCAUGUGAGGAAACUGGAGCACCCAGGGAAACCAUGCAUUCCACGUGGAGGACGUACAGAGGAUGUCAGAAUUGAACUCCAAACACUGGCACCCUGAGCUGUAAGUGUUUUGCUAACUCCCAGUUAUUAAACUGUUAAGAAUUAUGUAGCCUAGUGCUUGGGUUUUGCCCUGAAUUAGCUUGUUUGUGAUGUUGGGGGAGCUUCCAUUUGACAAACAGACUAGUAGUCUAAAUGCAAUGAUAUGUGUGUCUGCUGCGGGUGAAGUUAGUUCACUUACCACUCACUGGAGCAGGCUGCAUCGCAACGGUAGGCAAAUUGGAGCAGGGAUAACGAAUCACUGAAGCUAAUGUGAUUUAAGUUAAUCCUUGUAUAGUCCACUUUGUAGGAGCAAGAUGUGAAGUAGAAUUGUGCUGGACAGGUUAGUGUUACGCACAAUGACGCAUGGAGCAGGUGUAGGCCACCAACAGCAACUCACCAGAGUCCUCUGUCCCAGGCCAGUCUUUCAAAUUGUCCCCAGGUGUAGCCCGUCUUUGUAGAUCCUUCCUCUCCCAGGGGUAAGGUUUCGAAGCUUCUGCUGCCAUUUCUGUAGCACUGGGAUUUUAACAGGAUGGGGUUGCUAGUUCCAUGCCCCACCCUCCUUUCACAGCCAGACGGAGUUGGGGAUAUAAUGACUUGGGUGAAAUAUGGGAAGUAGUGUUCACAUUUGGAUCUGGAGCCUGGAAAGCAGGCAACCUCUCCAAAUGAGAGACUGGCAGAAAGUUGGUGGUGAGGGUACUCUUUGAAACAGGAAGAUUAGUUUGGUAGAUCUAUGUCCUACUGCCACAUAGAACAUUAAUUUGUCAAAAUAUAACUGGUAUUUGUUCUCCACUCAAGGGCAGGUUUAACUUCAGUACAUGUAAAUAUAUAUUCAUCGAGUAGAUAUACAAUUUAUUUUUUAUUUCCACUUGAAGUUACAUUUCUUAUUCAAAGUUUACAAAAAUAAAGGUUUUUAUUUCAAGUUUUUUUUCAGUAUGAAAAUCGCCUUGAUGGCAUUUAUGAUGUAAUGCAUAACUUCACUGCUAAUUUUUGCUUGUAGACUAGUUGACGUCAGUAUUAAAAUGAACACUAGUUGCCAUAUUGGAAUAGGUAUUAAACAGAAGUUCGCUACGCAUGUAUUUUGUAUUAGUAAACUUUAAACUGCAUUAUACUGUACACUACAAUUGGGGAAAAAAGCCAAGGAAAUAACACAAGCCUGUAUUAUUUCUAGUUCAGAAGAAAAAACACACAAACCGAGAAUGGAAAAAACAUACCAAUAGAGUUUAGUAUUUGCUAAUUUUACAAUACCUUGUUUGUUAUGUAUAUGUAGGAAAGUGAUAGGGAUAAAAAUUCAAUUUAUUGAGUAAAGUUUAAAACCAUAUAUUUUAUGAUAAAGGGCCUUUAACUUAAUGUGGCCAAAGCACUGAUAUAUAUUUGCUGUAAAGAGAAUUAUAAGAGUUUUAUUUUUCUGAUAUUAAAAGUUACUUAAUAAAGACGGUUUCCAUUAAAACUGACGCAUCUGGUUUUUAAUGCUUGUUGAUUAACUGGCCCACC